AAUGACGAAAUAAUAACAAAACAGACAAAAUGUAACCACCCAAACCAUCUCCCCUCCUAAAUAGUAUAACUCUUUGAUGAGCUAGCGUUAACAUCAAAAUGGGCAAGCCGAAAUACGAUAUCCCAACCGCUACGUUUCCAUACAAAAUCUCCAAGAGGUUGAACAUACUAAGUGUACCCCGAAGGUAUAUAAUAGACACUGGAGAGGGGAUGCCGGCAAUAAAUCCUAGAGGAAUCAGGCAGUCUGCAUUGAGAGGUGUAAUUUCUGAUCGAGUCAAUGAUGCCGCUUGGCCUUACGUACGCCGUUUCCUGCUAACAAAACGCGCAUACAAGAAUAAAUUCAGCGAAGAGCGUCUAGAAAGAAUCAACCGUAUGAUCGAAGCCACCAACGUGACCUGCUACGCCAAGCUCGCCAACUGCGUCCUAGACCUGAAGAAGCAAGAUACCAAGGAUAUGAAGAAGAAGAGAGGAUGGACUGAGAGCGAGUGGAAGAAGCACAUGGAUUAUAUAGGACAGAUCGCGGGACCUAGGCGGGAAUUCAAGCCACCACCUUUAAAGAGAGGUGAAUGCAAACCCUUAGAGAAACUUUUGCCGAGAAUCAAGAAUAUCUCCAUGCUACCAGAAUUCAAAUGGUACAGAAGAUUGUCUAAAGAGGCAUGGUACAGAGAUCCCAUUAAGGUACCACCAAACGCGCUGAAAUACGUAAUAUCGGACCGAGUGAAGAAGCUAGCUACUCCAAGAGUUAUACCGCAGGCCGAAUGAUCUAUUUGUACAUCAACAGUAUAAUAAUUCAAAACGACUUCAUCAUCAUCUCCUUACCCUUAUCCCACUUAAGUGGGGUCGGAAAAAUAUGUCAAUCUUUUCCAUUCGUCUCUAUUUCUCGUCAACUCAUCAUCCACUCCUUUUACACACAUGUCCUCUUUCACACAAUCCAACCAUCUCUUCUUUGGCCUUCCUCUCCUCUUAUGACCUUCCACUUGCACAUUCAAUAUUUUUCUAGUAAUAUGACUUUCCUCUCUACGCAUUACAUGUCCAUACCAAGCUAACCUUCUACUCCUCAAUUUUUCUGUCACUGGCGCCACCUUCAGACUUCCUCUUAUAUACCUACUCAUUCCUUAUUUUAUCUAUUCUUGUCACACCACACAUCUAUCUCAACAUACGCAUUUCGUUCACAUGCAUUCGUUUACUAUCCGUCCCUUUCACCGCCCAACAUUCUGAUCCAUACAGCACGACAGGUCUUACAACCGUUUUGUAUAUUUUACCCUUAAGUCUAAGAGGCAUUCGCGGGUCACAUAGUACACCUGAGACCUGUCGCCAUUUCAUCCAUCCCGCAUUCAUUCUACUUUUUACGUCUCGGUCCAAAGUGCAGUACAUUAAUCAGUCAUAUUUACUUUAUACAACUCAACAAUAUAGUAUCGAUAUAUAAUAUAUUAUUGAUAUAUUAUCGAUAUUACGAUUAGUAGAAUAAAGCAAAGGAACUUAAGACUGAAGCAUUCAUUCAAUAAUUAUUUCCAUA